AUGGAAGUGCCCCCUGGCAUCAAGUAUCUCGCAAGAGCAUUACCGGUUGCGCUUUUGCCUUGCGCUCUCGCAUUUGCCAGUCUUUUGCGUGUCGACUUACCUCUCGGGGCUCGCAUUCUCCUCUCCCUCCUCGCCAACCCGCUCAGCCUAUUCGUCUCCGAUUGGUAUCAGCAAUUUCAUGAAGCCCGGCAUGCAAGCUCUCGUGGGGCAGAGCUGAUUCCGGUCGUCCGCGACUCUCGUCCAUUCGGACUGGGCACGUUGGCGAAGCUGAGGGAAAGCUUUAGGUCAGGGUAUCCUGGCGAUUUCAUAGAGGGUUGGCGUGAAGAAUAUGGUCAUACAUUCAUGACCAAAAUCUUCUUCGAUCGAGUGAUAACUACCACUGAGCCGGGUCAUGUCAAAGCUAUUUUGGCCACAGAUUUCGACAACUUUUGGAAGGGACCGCAGGAAGCGCAGAUGAGCCAGUCGCUUCUUGGCUAUGGUAUUUUCAAUACCGAUGACGAGCUGUGGAAAUUCCAUCGGAGCAUUACUCGCCCUUUUUUCAGUCGAGAACGAAUCAGCGAUUUCGACAUUUUUAACCACCACUCCCUCGCUGCGCUUGAACUCCUCAAGACCCGUUUGGCCAACGGCUAUGCAGUCGACUUUCAGGAUCUCGUCUCCCGAUUUACCCUCGACUCCGCCACCUCCUACCUAUUCGGCAAAUCCAUCGACUCCAUGUCCGCUGGCUUACCGUACCCGUUCUCGUCCCCACUUGCCGACUCGGGAGCUUUUGUUAACCACCCUUCCACGACUUACGUCCGCUCUUUCGUACAGAGCCAGCUGAUGACACUGGAGCGUGCGGCGCUGCAAAAGCGAUGGCCGUUGUUUGAAUUCUGGAAGGACCGCAUCAAGCCUCAUCGGAAGGUCGUUGACGAGUUCAUUGAGCCUAUUUUGAACGAGGCAUUAGAAAAGAAGCGACGGAGGAAAGAGACGGCCGCAAAUGGAAAGACAGUUGAAGAGAGUGGGGAGGAGGAAACAUUUUUGAGCCAUUUGGUUGAAGCAACGGACAAUAAAGAGAUCAUUCGUGACUCGAUUUUCAACAUUUUAAUCGCCGGCAGAGACACGACGGCCGCAACGCUAACGUUUGCCAUCUAUAUGCUUGCCGAACACCCGGAGAUUCUCGCCAAACUCCGAGCCGAGAUCACUGAGGUCAUCGGAAGCUCCCGAAUGCCGACAUACGAAGAUUUCCGCCACAUGAAAUAUUUGCGGGCAUUCUUGAACGAGACUUUACGCCUAUAUCCCCCGGUUCCGUUUGAUUCGCGCGCAUCGAAGCAAGCGACGGUGUUCAAUGCUACACGACCUGGGGAAAAGACACUCUUUGUGCCAGCAAAAACUAGAGUCCGCUAUAGUGUUUUUGUGAUGCACCGCCGCACCGACCUCUGGGGACCAGAUGCGCUUCAAUUUGACCCUGAUCGGUUCUUGGACGAACGAGUGAGGAAAUACUUGACGCCAAACCCAUUCAUUUUCCUUCCGUUCAAUGGCGGUCCUCGAAUAUGCCUUGGUCAACAGUUUGCCUACCACGAAGCGUCGUUCUUCCUCGUCCGCCUUCUGCAGAGCUUCACCAACAUCAGUCUUGCACCGGACGCUCAACCCGAGGAAUCCAAGCCGCCAGAGAGCUGGAAAAUGCGCCCGGGCACGCAAGCGAACGAGAAAAUCCAGCUUGGUCUGCACCUGACGAUGUAUUCCAAGGGUGGCUUGUGGGUACGGAUGGACAGACUUGCCCCAGAGACCAACUCGGAAAUUGCAUGA